UGGGUACAGGGUGUCACAUACCACCACUUUGAGAAGGCGAUCGUGUUAGAGAAACUUCGUGACGGCAACUGCAAACAUUUUGAAUUAUGGAUCCACUGUUUUUAGCUUACAGCUUCUACAGACGAAAGAAAUUCGAACAGUGUAUAGACCUCUGCUCUCAGCUGUUGGAGAAAAAUCCUUAUGACCAGGCAGCAUGGACCUUAAAGACCCAGGCGCUUACUGAGGAAGUUUAUGUAGAUGAAGUGGAUGUAGAGGAAGAAGGAAUCGCUGAAAUGUUGAUGGAUGAUAAUGCUAUAGCUUCAGUGGCCAGACCUGGGACCUCAUUGAAGAAGCCUGGGACAGGCCAAGGCGCCCCAAGUCAGGGCAUCAGACCCAUGUCUCAAUCUGGCCGACCAUUGAGUGGGUUUGUGCGUCCGGGGACUCAGUCUGGGAGACCGGGCACCAUGGAGCAAGCCAUCAGAACCCCACGAACUGCCCACACUGCUAGACCUGUCACCAGUGCCUCAGGCAGAUUUGUCAGGUUGGGAACAGCUUCGAUGUUGUCAUCUCCAGAUGGGCCUUUCAUUAAUUUAUCCAGGCUCAACUUUUCGAAGUAUGCAGCAAGACCUAAUCUGGCCAAGAGUCUGUUUGAGUACAUUUUCCAUCAUGAAAAUGAUGUCAGAAAUAGUUUAGAGUUGGCAGCGUUGUCAACAGAGGCAUGUGGGUUUAAGGACUGGUGGUGGAAGGUACAGCUGGCCAAGUGUUAUUACAGACUUGGGAUGUACAGGGAAGCUGAGAAGCAGCUGAAAUCAGCUGUGAAACAGCAGGACAUGGUAGACACCUACUUGUACCUGUGUAAAGUCUAUGUGAAACUGGACCAGCCUUUGACAGCCAUAGAGAUCUUCAGUCAGGGGCUGGAGAAGUUCCCAGGGGAGACUGCCCUCAUCAGUGGCAUUGCCAGGAUUUACGAGGGCAUGAAUGAGAUGGACAAGGCUGUGAAGUUGUACAGGGAUGUAUUACACCAUGAUAACAUGCAUGUGGAAGCCAUAGCUUGUAUAGCCACAAACCAUUUCUACACAGACCAACCGGAAGUGGCACUCAAGUUCUACAGACGUCUCCUACAGAUGGGACUUUAUAAUGCUGAGCUGUUUAACAACUUGGGACUGUGCUGUUUUUAUGCCCAGCAAUAUGAUAUGACCUUAACCUGCUUUGAGAGAGCGCUGUCAUUGGCUGAUGAUCAAACACUGGCUGACAUCUGGUAUAACGUGGGUCUUGUUGCACUGGGUAUCGGGGAUAUGAGCCUGGCCUAUCAAUGUUUCCGCCUGGCUCUCUCCUGUAACAAUGAUCACGCUGAAGCUUACAACAACCUUGGUGUUCUGGAGAUGAGGAAAGGACACAUAGAACUGGCGCGGGCAUUCUUCCAAGCGGCCUUUACCCUUGCCCCUCACAUGUUUGAGCCACACUACAACUUUGGAGCAUUGUCUGACCAGGUUGGAGACUUGCAGAGUAGUUUCAAUGCUGUCAAAAGAGCUCUGGAUGCAUUCCCAGAACAUGCCGAAUCCAAGGAGCUUCUCAACACUCUGAGGGAACAUUUUUCCUUACUGUGAUAGAUGUUGGCUAAUGAAAAUGUCACCAGUAUUUAAUACAGUAUCAUGUACAAAACAAAUCAAAGUGCUUUGUAUGAAAAAGUUUCAAAAAGAUUCCUAACUGUGUUAUUCAUGUACCAGGAUUUGUAAACUUAUAUUUCGUCUGUGCUAUACAAUAAAUAUGAUUUAUCAAA